AUCAGGACCGUAACGAGUAUUUCAGUACGGUCUAUGGUACAAGGUUAGGACUGCAGCCCCCAUCAGCGUAAGAUUCGUACCGAGUCCGUUUCUGAAGACGAAUGAAGACAAGAACGUAGAUAUUUGAUACUCAACAACUUCUUUGACCUGGAAAAGAAACACUACCUUUGACCUGGCUGGUAGACGUGGAAAGGCAUCAAUGUGCAGAUACAUUUCAUGUACUAACUAGAUCCCUGGUUAGCCAACUAGCUAUUUGGUUCAUUUUAGAAGGGUUUCUGCAUCUAAAUUAGAAAUGGCAUGCAUAUAGUUUGGUAGCUGUUUGAACAACAGGUUUGAAAAUGCAGAGAUAUUUUGUGUUUACCUUCCUAGCUGGCUAGCUAACGUUACUUUUCUACGAAGUGGAACUAGCUGCAUAGCUAGGUAGCUAGCUUAUGAUAUAAUUUCAUGGGUGACAAGAAUUGCCAGUGAGCAACCUCAGUGUAGGCGUGCUUGUUCGACAUUUUAAUAGUUCGGUGUUUGUUUUACCAGUUAGCAGGGUAGCUACUCGGCAGCUGUCGAUAUCGUUUGCUAUUUCACUAGAGAGACAGCCCUAGCUAGCUAGCUGGAUUGCUCGCUGGUGGGUCAUUGACGCGUAGUGUUUUGAAAUAGCUAGCAGGCUAGGGUAACUAACUUAUACCAUAUCACAAAUAGUUAGCCAUAUUUCGCAAGUUAAUUUAUUUCGUUUAACACGACUGCCAAGGGUCAGAUUUUGAUGCGAUGGCUCCAAUGGGCAUCCGACUGUCUCCGCUUGGGGUCGUGGUGUUUUGUUUGCUUGGACUAGGCGUAAUAUAUCACCUUUAUUCCGGGGUUAUAUCCAACAGAUUAGCUGCUUUCAAACAGGGAAAAACUGUCGACCUUCGUGAGCUGCUCGCUCUGUCUGUUGAGGCGGCUGCUCAGGGAGGUAGAGAGGUAAAACGGAUCAGAGAAGAUAACACGUUGGAGGAGAAGUCUAAAGGGAAAACUAAGGAAGGUGCAAGUGAGAAGCUGACUCUUGGGGACUUGUACUCACACAGAAAGAUGUUUCAUCUAAUGACAAACACGUUUCCCUUUUUACAGGUAAAUUCAGAGGAGCACGAUGACACGGGAGAUGCGGAGACUUCUGUGUGGAACCAUGUGAUUCCCAGCGACAUACGGCAGGAGGUGACCGCCAGCAGGGAGGUGCCAGCGGAGAGUGUCACUGUGUGGAUUGACCCUCUGGAUGCCACACAGGAGUACACAGAGAACCUUCGUCAGUAUGUUACAACAAUGGUUUGUGUGGCUGUAAAUGGCGAGCCUGUUAUAGGGGUAAUCCAUAAACCCUUUACAGGAUAUACAGCUUGGGCGAUGGUUGGUGCUGGUGCUAAUGUGGGGACCCGCGAUUCGUACAACGAGAAGUCCCCGCAGGUCAUUGUGUCGCGCUCCCACGCUGGUAAAGUGAAGGAGUUUGUGGGAACGGCGCUAGGCAACGAUACCGUGGUCAUUCCAGCAGGAGGAGCAGGUUACAAGGUUCUUGCUCUGUUGGAUCCAUCGGAUGAAAAGUACGAUAAAGCAGACAUCUACAUUCACGUCACGUUUAUCAAGAAAUGGGAUAUCUGUGCUGGAAAUGCCAUUUUAAAAGCACUGGGUGGUCACAUGACAACAUUAAGAGGAGAAGAAAUUGACUAUCGAGGCUCUCCGGCCAAUACCGGUGGACUGCUGGCCAGCAUAAAUAUGGAUCACAAAGCGUUGGUCGAAAAGCUGUCAAGCACAGACAAAGAGAAAGGCAGAUAGACUAAUAAUACAAAAUUAUGUUCAACUUGCAACAUUGUCUGAAAUAUUAUGAAUACUAUCCUAGUUCGGAAAUAAUAUAUACUUUGUUUCUAUUUUGCAAGGAAUUAAACCAAUGUAUGAACCAGGGGAUGAUGCACAAGCACAACCAUAUUGAUCACAUGGGCAUGGUUGAAAGUACUGAUAAUAACUCAGUUAUUAUAAGGACUGGUACCUGUACAACCCCCUGGUUUCAUAUUACACAACCUUGAGCAAAUGCAGCCUUUUGCCAGUUACUGUAAGGUCCAUUUAGAAAUGGUGUCCUAGUAUGUUCACAAAGAGUACUGUAUAUACACACAUGGUGACCUCACUCAUUGAGUUCAGCCUUUCACAUUUUUAUAUUGUAUAGUCAGUGUGAUAUUAUGACAACCAUUUGGUUGUGAAGGUAUUACAUGAUGCAUAAAAUUUAAAGUUUCUCCCUUUUUUAGAGAACCAUACAUGUUGUUAAAUUGACUUAAUUAGCAUUCCCUUCUCAUAAUAAUUUCCCUCAUAUUUAUUUUUUAUUUUCUUUUGUUUUUAAACAGUUUUUUUUUUGGACCCACAAAAAAAAAUAUAUAUAUAGUUUGUACACACAACGGGAUGCACUGAUCUUUUUGGUGAUGUCACCAUUCAUGUAUGCAGAUGCUCAAUGGUUCUGCUUUGCCUGAUGGCCAGAGAGGGUUCAAAUGCUGUUUGAUAGUGGCUCUGGAAAAUAAAAUACUUAAACUUGGGAGUUACACUGGUGUGCUGAUAUCAUUCGUUUUUACUAUAUGAAAAUGACGUCCUUAAAUUUCAGUUAAGUUCACUAAACACACACACGUAUGAUUGGCAAAUGAGAAUAAUUUAUGUUGGCAAGUAAGUUUUUCCUAUUUUUUUAUUGUCAGUUUUUUUUCCAACACUGGCAUGUAUGAGCCUGGCAGGGGAAAAAAUGUUACCUGACCAUAAUUUGUUCAUAGACAAGUAGUACUGCUGGUUUAUAAUAAUGGGUUGAAGUAGAAAUAUUUCUAUUGAGGGGGUAGUUUUUUGUUGUUGCUUGUAUCAUAUAAAUUAAGCAUUGGCUUUGUAAGUCUGAUUAUUAAGAAUUUACUGCAGGUAACAGGUACUGCAGUACAGGUACAAUACAAUAAACAUACAAACAACUGCUACAAUGGAUUUUUAAUGGUACAACUUUGAAAGGUGAAUUAUGAAAUGUUCAGAGGAAAGUGCAUUUUAAACAAUGGCUGUAUUUUUGUUUGAUAUGACUGAGUGUUUGAUGACACGCCAUCCAGUUGGCCAACUGUUUGUGAAUUAUAUUCCAGCAGAAGUAUUGUAUGCUGUUGUCAGUAAUGGGUGCAGUUUUAUAAAUCAUAUAAAUUAAAUUAGGUAAUCUGUAAAUUUAUCAAGGUUUAAUGAUAAUCAUUGUAACAGUGCAAUAGUGCACAUUCACUGUGAUAACUAGGUAGUUACAAAGCCUUUCCUAAAGGGCAUUUUUGAUAUGAAUGUGUGAAGUGUGGUGUGCUUAUGUUCUAAUGGUUUGUAUGUAAGCAUUGGUCCUAUUGUGCCUACCUUUUUCUGUUUUAAACUUAGAGGUAUGCAUGACAAGCCAACGAAUAAUUAUGUGCACUAUACUGUGACUGUGAAUUAUCAGAAUGCUUCCCUUCUGCAAUUGCUUGCAUAUGGCAUGCUUCAUUAAACUUGGUUUCUUAGUUUAUUUUUUGUAGUGUUUUAAAAAUGUUUCCUACUGUCAAAACGGGGAAAUUGUUUCAUUGGUUUUUGAAAUGCACAGUUCUUGGAAUGAGUGUAAUGUUGAGGGAAUUUUUUGUGAUGGAGAUGGAAUGUGAAAAAUACAUUCUGAUGAAGAUAUGCAAGUGUGUUUUUAGUUGGGGAUAAUUUGAACUGUAAAAUAAAGAUUUAUUGUAAUAUUAUUAGUGGAAUAAAGAAUUCCUUUUAUUUAAAUUUUCAAUUUCAAUAAAAAACGGUUAUUUCUCUUCUA